UAGGCGUCGGGCCAGACUCACCGGUUCACUGCCAGCGCUUGGUUCUUCUUCUACGGUUCUCCAAACUGCAUGUUAUGUUUCAUUAAAAAAAUAAAACAAAACGUCAUGCAGGUUUGACUGUUAACAAAGAUAUCGGUUCUAACAGUGGUGGCCAUUAUAAGCAAAACGGGAGAUGAAGGUGAAAGUCAAGCAGUGGAACGGCGUGGCGUCCUGGUUGUGGGUGGCCAACGACGAGAACUGUGGGAUCUGCAGGAUGUCAUUCAAUGGAUGCUGUCCAGACUGUAAGGUUCCUGGGGACGAUUGUCCACUGGUCUGGGGCCAGUGCUCCCACUGUUUCCAUAUGCAUUGCAUCCUCAAAUGGCUCAACUCUCAGCAGGUCCAACAACAGUGUCCAAUGUGCCGGCAAGAAUGGAAGUUUAAGGAAUGAUUGUGCCCAAGCAUCACUGUGGCAGUGCCUUGCCGAGAACAGGAUGCCUUCAGCUGAAGUGUGACACUUUUUCAAGUGAAUUGUAUAAAGAAAUGUGUAUGUUUUUAUAUCCCUGUGGUUUGCAUUGGUCAUGCCUUUGCGUCAUGCUGGCCAAUUUAAUUGGUUAUUAAAUACUUUAUUUUCUAUGAAAUGCUUGUGCCAUGAUUUACAUGAUUACAUAAGGGGUUUGUCUCACACUAGCUACAGUAUUUAGCAGCCAGGUUUUCCAAUGGGCCUUACAGGGACUGUUCAAAUUAAGGAGCAGGUAGGGGGGAAAGGCAUCCGGCUCAAGGCUCCUAACCGGUGGUCCGUGACAUUCCAGGCCAGCCCUUGAGUUAUCCUGAUUCACAAUUCGAUUUUGACGUUUUCAUUAACCUAAACUGGAAAUUAUGACUCCCCUAUAAACAACGUAUAUUUAUAAUGUAACAUUUAUAAACUGCAGACUUUGAGAAUGGUUUGGAAAUAAUGUUACUUAAAUUCAAUACGAUAAAAUACUAAACCAACUAUUAAUAGUGAGCACUGCAGUAAAACAAACAUCUGCAAGUGCUAUUAAAUAAUCUGUAAAAUUCAAUGAUGGUGGACUUAAUAUCUCAGAUUAAAUAUAUCUACUGUAGUAAACUCACUUAGCUGAAGUCCACCCAAGUCCUAUGAAGUAAAAUGAGUUGGUUAGGCUGCCAACAAAUUCAAUGCAGUUCGGAACAUGGUGUCCUCUGCAAAUGAAAGAAUCCUGACUCCAGGUGGAGCUGUUGGGGUGUAAAGUGAUGUGCCGGGUAGACGUCUAGUAUACUGGGGACCACGGCUCCUUGCCUCCAUAGGUGUCUUGGUCCUGGAGGAUAUGAAGAAGUCAGGUCUCCAUGGUCAUCACCAGUCUUACUGACGGUGGGUCAGAUUGUCUGGGUGCAACUCUCCCAUAAGUUAGUACUUGAACAAUUUGAGUCGUUUUUUGUUGUAUAUUUACAGUUAUGAAGUUGCUUAAUAAAUGGUGUAUUUUAAGUAGAAGAUAAUCAUACAGUAUUCACUUGUUUUCAGGCAACUUUAUUAAAAAAAGUUUUAAAAAAAUUCACUAAACAAAGCUUUGUGAAUAAGAACAGCUAUACAUCGCCCUUUACCAAGAGCACUCUGCAGAUUUUGAGGAUUAGGAUACUUAUUCAUUACAUCGAAACCAGGAACAUGCUUUGCUGUAAUAGGACCUUGCAUUCCAUUCCUCUGCUAGCCUUAGUAUUCAAAAGGUGUCGUGUCAUUACACGCAGUCCAGCUAAAAGGGGCUUCUCCUGUUUCAAACGUUAAAAAUCGGUCAAAUAGACGGAACUAGAUGGACCUGGUAAUGGUUGAUGUUUGUACCAGCAAAAGUUCCCACCACUUAACAAGGUUCCAAGUCAUGCUGGUCUUAUUUUCAUACGAUGACAUCGCUGAAUCUGCGCCCAUCAGGGCUGAAGGCCUGAAGCAGCAGGCAUGAAGGCACUCCGGGCCCCACCACCUCUGUCUAUUGAAGCAGGGCUGUCAACAGAACAUAGAAGCAGUCUUCUCUUGAUUCGAGGACUUGGGUGUACAUAUGAAAGCAGGGGUUUAGUCCCCCGCUACCAACCCAAACAGCUCCAGCAACUCCUUGUUUGCUGCGUCGAUAAGGUCCGCCGGUUUCUCUCCACUUUCGUUCAGAAUCUCCCGGUCAGCACCCAGCGAGAGGAGAUACCUAGAAGGGAACAGGAGCGACGUCACUAAGCAAAAGAGGACGGUGAGAUCGGGUUCUACACGCCGCAGCGACGACGGUUGUCUAGGUUUGUGACACGGCCUACUUUAAACCCCAGGGCAGGUCAACAGAAUGUAAGAAUGCAGCUGAUAUUUCAGCUUCGCUCACCUCUGGCGUAAGAGGCUGUACCAACCAAUGGUGUGUCCCCUUCCCAUGCAUUCACCAUAUACGUGCCUUCUCAAGGGACACACAUGCCAGUAUGGGCCUCAAUCUCACACUAACAGGUUCCUUGACAACACAGGCAAUACAAGUAAUAUCUCUGUCAGUGUUUUUGAAUUCCUUUGGCCUGCCUUUCUCUUUUUCUUUUUCUUGUGCAUAAUUGGAGAAAACGAGGGUCGGCUUAGCUCAGGAGGUAGAGCAGUUGCCUUGUAACCGAAAGGUUGCUAGUUCGUUCCCCAGCUCCUCCUAGCUGAGUGUUGCCUGGUCGCCUUGCAUGGUUGACUCUGCCGUCGGUGUGUCAAUGUAUGUAUUAACCGAUGUGAGUCGCUCCGGAUAAAAGUGUAUCUGCUAAAUGCCAUAAUUGUAAAAUGCUUACCGGGCGAUUUCAGGGAAGCCGUCGCUGCAGGCCAUGUGGAGCGGGGUCCAACCCUCCUCGUCCCUGUGAUGAAGGUCUGCCCCGUGCUUCAUCAGGAGCAUCACACAGUCCAGGUUACCGGACAGCACCGCCUCAUGGAUGGCGGCCAUGCCUAGGAAUGGGUAAAAAUGGGAACUAAGUCCGUUGACCCGCUUAAUACCAAAAGCCAUUUAAAAAGUUUGGUGAUUAUUCUCGCUUAUCAGCAGAAAGGCUCAAUUGAUUAAAAUGUAUUUGUUACAAAUGUAAAGACAGGGUAAUGUAUGCAUUUUUUAGGAUAAUUAUUAUAUUUUAACAGCUGCAUUUGGGCCCUACCAGAGUGGUAGAUGGUGUCCAGGCUGACCCUCCUGCCUCGGAUGAAGGGGCCGAUUCUCUCCAGCUCCCCGUGCCUCACACAGUCCUGGAACACCACGUCGUUGGGGAAGUGCACAUUGCGGGGGGCGGAUUUGAGGGACUCCUCCGCCGGGCUGGUCUUUGGUACCGCACACUCCUUGGAACAAUUCUUAAUCCCCAUGGUUUGAGAUAAAGACGGGCGUUGGUGGUACUUCCUCGUCGGGAGGUCCUUUGUGCCCGGCGGAAGUAUCCUUGCCGUUUUUGUAGUCAGCUUUGUAUCCUAUUGAAUGAACUGCAGAAGCCUUUUUUUCUGCUUUUCCCUCCUGAUAUCCAACUCCUUUAGUUCUGUUGCUGGUCAGUGUGCGCUCUGUACAUCCACUGAAGCCGUCUGAAGACCAAGGUCGUUGUCUAGACCCCUAUAUACCGUUUCUGAGCUAUUUUUAAACCCUGGCAUGCCACUGAUUGAGUGUCUGGGGUUGAAAGAGGAGCGGGCCCUUUUAUUGGCCCUUCUGACUGAACCCGACUCAGAUCAAAUCUGGAUUCAUGACAACACAAAACCCACAUGGCAACUCCCACCCCCAGAUGUUGUCCAUGCCAGAGCGCACGUAGCCAUGUGAGCAACAACCACAUGUUGCCUUUAGUCAUGUCCCAUCUCCGAGAAAUAUGACUAAUCACAAAUGUUGGAAAUGGUUUAAUUUAGCUUUGCCCCCGCAUUGGAUACUAAUAUGACCAACUUAAAUUGUUUACAAAAUUGCCAUUUUAGGUAUAUCGAAAGUAUUGCACCGUGACCUGGAACACUGAAUUAGGGUUCUGAAAAAUGGUUUCAUGAUGUCCUUGGUUUCCUGCAUUUUCACAUUUAACGUAAAAUAAAUGAAGGAAGUUUGUUGCACCAUAAGUUCAAGGUGAACUUUUAAAAUAUGCUUACUUUUUUCUUGAUUUACGCAAUUUUAUGAUAUUUUCCUUUCAAUGGGAGAAAAAAAAAAGUAGAUCAACUAAAGCCUCAAGACACGGGUAAGUUCAACUUUUUUUAUUUGGCCACCAUUUUCAAUUUUCCACAUAAACUGAACAAGUUGGAAUGCUUUGUCAAACUUAUCCCCACCCCUGUAUAGCGGUUCAAAAACCCACCACCCUACUCCACUCAGCCCAUCCCACACUGACAAACAGAAAAUAAGACAAACAGAAAACAUUCAUAAUAAGCCUGGCCGACCAGAAAAGACAUUACAAGAGUCGUCAUUCAAGUCAUCUCAUGGAUACACAUGACCGCAAGGCAGGCUUCAUACCACACACGCACACACGCACACGCACACGCACACGCACACGCACACGCACUCAGACACACACAGUCACACGCCUCAGUAGAGAAUGGGGUGUUAGAGUCAAGAGGGAUGGGUUUGGUUCAGUAAGGGUGUGGGUCGGGGCUGUUCAACUGUUCCCUGGCCAGAGGCUGCCCCCGUGGACGCCCCCCCCCUCAGACCGGCCUAACCCCCCCCCCCCCCCCCCCCCCCCCCCCCCCACCGGCCGCGGCCCUCCUAAAGCAGAGACCCUUUCAGUAACCGUAAUGAAUCUCUGACUGGCGGUAACUCAGUGCCACCUAACCCGGGCUGCUUAGGGGUUGGGCCUCCACCCCGGUGAGGUUCUGGUCCUCAAGGGCUUCUGUACCCCUCAGGUCAGGCCAGCCCUGCCGCCCAGCGGGGCCAAUCGGGGCUCCUCUGGGCCCGUUGGCCACAAAGCAAUCAAUGAUGAGCCAAAAAAAAAUACAAAUUUAAGAAAAUAUAAUUAAAUAAAAAUAUGUUGUUGUUGCCCCACCCCUCUUCCCCCUCCCUCCCCUUCUGAGCUAAGCCUUGCUCCCCGCUUUAAAAAGGUAGCCGUGCUGAAAUCAUUAAAACAAACCAAAUAAUAAUAAAAAAAAAAAGCACGUUGAAGGAAUGGAUGAAAACAAAACCCUCCCAGGCCAGGACUACAGGGGCCCAGUAUUGCUUUCGAGGGGAAUCGUUGUGCUAAACGGUUUG